AUGGCCUUGGGGAACCACAGCACCAUCACUCAAUUCCUCCUCCUCGGGCUGUCUGCCGACCCCCACAUCCAGACUGUGCUCUUUGUGUUGUUCCUGGAUAUUUACCUCCUGACCAUAAUGGGGAACCUGACGAUGAUGCUGGUGAUCAGGGCUGAUUCCCACCUCCACACACCCAUGUACUUCUUCCUGAGUCACCUCUCUUUCCUGGAUUUUUGUUUUUCUUCAGUCACUGUACCCAAGAUGCUGAAGGACCUCCUAUCUGAGAUAAAAACCAUCUCAGCAAGGGGCUGCCUGAUACAAGGCUUCUUUGUGCUUAUCACUGCAGGGACUGAAGUCGGCCUACUCUCAGUGAUGGCCUAUGACCGUUAUGCUGCCAUUUGCCACCCUCUGCUCUAUGGACAGAUGAUGAGGAAACAGCUAUGUGUACAGCUUGUGUGGGGGUCAUGGGGCUUGGGUUUUUUGAAUGCUUUUAUCAAUAUCCUCCUAGCUGCCAACCUGGACUUCUGUGAGAACCAUACUAUCAGCCACUACAGCUGUGAGGUGCCCUCUCUCUUCCCUCUCUCCUGCUCUGAUGUCUCCAACAAUCUCACAGUCCUGUUGUGCUCCAGCCUGCUGCUUGGGCUUGGGACCCUCCUCCCAAUCAUCUCAUCCUACGCCUGCAUUGUCUCCACCAUCCUGAGCAUCAGCUCAACCUCAGGUAGAAGCAAGGCCUUCUCCACCUGCUCCUCCCACCUCAUUGCAGUGGCUUUCUUCUAUGGCUCAGGGUUUGUCCGCUAUCUCAUGCCGACCUCAGGAUCCUCCCUGGAAUUGAUCUUCUCUGUGCAGUAUGGUGUGGUCACUCCCAUGCUGAAUCCUCUCAUCUACAGCCUGAAGAACAAGGAAGUGAAGGCAGCUGUGAGAAGAAUACUGGGAAGUGUUUGCCAUUUUCCUAGUGGAAGAAUAAAGCUAAAGGAUAAUGGAGAAUCAAGAUAA